GCGGGCAAGAUGGCGGCUACUGCAGUUGGUGUGGGUGGGUUAGAGGCAGAGGCGUUGCGGUGAGAGGAACAGCUGAAGGCCCUAUGGUAGAAAACUGAGCACAAGGACAAGGAAGCUGGGGAGCCAAAGACUAAGCAGCUCAGAGGAGGGGAGCAGGAAGGCGAGAAGCACAGAACUCCACUACUGCUUCUCAGACUGCAGAACUAUGUCCCAGAGGAUGAGGGCGCCCCAGGCCAAACCAGUCAAGAGAAGGUCAAGGAGCAGAUGGGGGCUGCCAAGCCAGAGCCCGUCAAUGGCCACGUGGACUUGGCCAACCCUGCGCCCAGGAAGCCUGACUGGGCCCUUGAGAGCAAUGCAGCCAAGAAGCUGGAGAAGCUGGAAGAAUGGACCCUGAGGAUCAUCGCCAGGCUGAUCAAUGAGAGGCCGAAAGGCCAGGAGGACAGUCUGGCCUCUGCAGUGGCCACCAUCAAAUAAGAGGCCUGUGGCUCUGACGGAGGGGUGCCUUGUCUCCUCACCCUCCCGUCAGGCCUUUCCUGAAGGAGGACGGUCUCAGCAAGGAUAGGAGUUGGGCUUGCUAUCACCUCCAGUUUGGCUUCAGAACAGUGACUCCCUGCCUAUUAGUCUGAACCCCAUCUCUCCCCACAGGGUGAGGUCAACUCCUUGUCCCCCGAGUGGUCCCCACCACUCUUGAGUGGGGGCAGAGCCAGCAGCAACUCAGUGGGCUUAUUGUACCGAGACAUAUUUAUGUAUUCUGAACUUUUUUUUGGAAUCUGGAAAUAGAAACAAGCAGACCAACCAAACAA